GACUUCCUUUACCGGGUCUUCUUCUUCUUCUGCACCCCAAAGUACACCUCUGCUUUUCUGGUAACAAUCCCUAACCCUAAUUUCGAUCUCUCUCCGUUCCCUCUCAUAUUCGCAAUUCGUCGUUGAGGUUGAAGUUUCUGCUCUCUAAUUCGAUGGCGGCUGUUAAACCCCUUACAACUGAGGCCAUUGCUCUCACGGAGAAGAAGAUGGACAUGGCAUUAGAUGACAUUAUAAAGAUGGCUAAAGUUGCUCCCAAGGCUAAUAAGAAGCAGCGGAGGGCUUCGAACAAAAGUCAGACGUUUUCUAAAGGCACUGCUCAAGACAAACAAACAAAGCUACGUCGCUUUAUGGACACAAGGUCAUCCCUGAGACAGGGGGUUCUGGCUCAGAGAAGGUCAAACUUCCAGGGAAAUCAAUUCCCAGCUGCAACUGAGGCUGCACUGAAGGCAGCAGUUGCUCCUCUUCGCAAUAGAGCUUUUAAUCGUAACCAGGUGCCUAACUGGAAACCAAGGGUUGGUGCUACUAUUCAGAGAAGGGCUGGAAAUGUUGACUUUGGGACCAAGCUUCCCCAACAGCAGCAGCGUCAUCGGCAGCAGGAGAAUGUAGUUGCUAAUCAGAAGCCUCAAACACUUGAUUCGCUGUUUGCAAACAUGAAGGAGCAAAGGAUGAGGACCCAACCACUACACCAGAAUGCUGCACCGCAACGUAUUAGGGGGCAACCAAGGCUACCCUGGGGAAGAGGCGGGCGAUUUGGCAACUAAUUUGACGAAGUUAAUGGACCCACUAGAAGUCAAUUGCUUGAACUGUUCCUACUUCCAGAGGCUGCAAGAGACUACUAUGCUGCUGAAAGUAAUCAUAGGCAAAAUAUGAUGGUCUUUUCUACUCGUCUGUUGGCAUCCUUUUCUUUGUUUUGCAACAUUUGGUAUCCUCUGUUUCAUUCGUUGACUGUGUAUAUAGUAGUCUCUUCCUUUUGGACUACUGAUUCCCUUUUCCAAUAUAAAGUUGAAUCUUGAUAGCCUUCU